CAAAGUUUAUGUUUGAAAAACAGGCUUAUUCUGUUUAAGGCAAAUCUGGUGUUGCUUAUUUCCAUCUCUAAUUGUGAAUGUAAAUUUAUUUUUGCAUAUUUUUCUUGAGAAGUUGAAUGAUUGGCAGGUUUCUUACAGGUAAAAGAAGAUUGCAGGAUUUAUUGCUUCAAAAAGAUAAUCGCUUUUGUGCUGAUUGCAAUGCUCCAGAUCCUAAAUGGGCGUCAGCCAAUAUUGGAGUUUUCGUAUGCUUAAAAUGCUGUGGUGUGCACAGAAGUCUUGGCUCUCAGAUAUCAAAGGUUUUAUCUGUGACAUUGGAUGAAUGGUCAAGUGAUGAAAUAGAUGCAAUGAUUGAAGUUGGAGGAAAUUCUUCUGCUAAUUCAAUUUAUGAGGCUUAUUUUCCAGAAGGAUUUACAAAACCUGGACCAGAUGCCACUCAUGAUCAGCGUGUGAAAUUCAUCCGGUUAAAGUAUGAGCAUCAAGAAUUUUUGCAACCUAGUUUGCGCAUUGUGUCAGGAAAAAGCAACCCCCCAAAAAGUAUAUCCAAAGGGAUUAUGGAUAGUUUUCGAAUUACAAGUGAUUCACAGCAUAUGGAAGGAAUGGUAGAAUUUAUUGGAAUGUUAAAGGUGAAAGUGAUCAAAGGCACAGAUUUAGCUAUCAGAGAUAUGAUGACAAGUGAUCCAUAUGUUAUCUUGAAACUUGGCCAACAGACUGUUCAGACAACUGUAAUAAAGAGUAAUUUGAAUCCAGUCUGGAAUGAGGAACUUAUGCUGUCUGUUCCUCAGCAAUUUGGAAUAUUGAAUUUGAAUGUAUUUGAUUAUGACUUGUUUUCGGCUGAUGACAUAAUGGGGGAAGCAGAUAUUGAUCUUCAGCCCCUGAUAACAUCCGCAAUCGCAUACGGUGAUGCUAGAAUGUUUGAUGAUAUGCAGAUAGGAAAAUGGCUGAAAUCCAAUGGCAAUGCGCUUAUAGAUGAUAGCAUAGUUAAUAUAGUUGAUGGUAAGGUUAAACAAGUCAUAUCACUCAAGCUCCAGAAUGUUGAAUCUGGAGAAUUAGACUUAGAACUCGAGUGGAUGCCUCUUGAUUAUUAGAAUUAAAUGAAGCAUUCUUGGAUUGAAUGGGGAAA